ACGCGAAAAUAUUACUGAAUAAGUUAAUUACAUAUUACUUGAUAUUACUGAAAUAAGACAUGUUUUAUCAUAUAUCAUUAGAACAUGAAGUUUUGUUGCAUCCUAGAUAUUUUGGGCCUCAAUUAUUAGAUACUGUGAAACAAAAACUAUAUAUUGAAGUAGAAGGAACUUGUACAGGAAAAUAUGGAUUUGUUGUUGCUGUUACAACAAUAGAUAACAUAGGUGCAGGGAUUAUAUUGCCUGGACAAGGUUUUGUGGUAUAUCCAGUUAAAUAUAAAGCAAUUGUGUUUAGACCAUUUAAAGGAGAAGUAUUAGAUGCUAUAGUAACACAAGUAAAUAAGGUUGGAAUGUUUGCUGAAAUAGGACCACUUUCAUGUUUUAUAUCUCACCAUUCAAUUCCAGCAGACAUGCAGUUUUGUCCAAAUAUAAAUCCACCAUGCUACAAAUCUAAAGAGGAGGAUGUAAUUAUUCAACCAGACGAUGAAAUAAGGUUAAAAAUUGUUGGCACAAGAGUUGAUGCUACAGGAAUUUUUGCUAUUGGAACAUUGAUGGACGAUUAUUUAGGACUUGUAUGUAACUGAAUGGAAUUGAUACAUUAUCUAUUUUAAUUAUUCCAGAUUUUAUAUCUCCAAAAUGUGAAAAUUACCCUUGUACCAGAAAUGCCUGCUAUACGCCA